CAUCGUUGUUUCACUACUACUAGUAUUUUAUUGUUAAAAUUUUUGGAGUUUUUUUUUUUUGUUGGCUUUAUUUCCCACAAAUGGGGAGAGGAAAAGUGAUGUUGGAGAGAAUUGAGAACAAAAUCAAUCGCCAAGUAACUUUCUCCAAGAGAAGGAAUGGUUUACAAAAGAAAGCCUUCGAGCUUUCAGUGCUGUGCGAUGCUGAGGUUGCUCUCAUCAUCUUCUCCAGCCGGGGCAAGCUCUCUGAAUUUGGCAGCAAUACUGUGCCUCAAACCCUGGAAAAAUACUGGCAGCAUCGUUACGCCUCUCAAGUUAAUAUUGCUGAGAAUGAAACACAGACUCUGCACCAAGAGGUAUUGAGGUUAAAGGCAAAAUAUGAAUCUCUUCAGCGCUGUCAAAGGCAUCUUCUUGGAGAAGAGCUUGAGACACUUAGUGUAAAAGAGCUGUAUAAAAUUGAGAAACAGCUUGACAGAACUCUCUCACUGGCUAGACAGAAGAAGGUGCAGCUGUUGUUGGAACGAAUGGAAGAGUUACGCAAAAAGGAACGUGAACUUGAAGACGAAAACAAACAGCUCAAGUGUCAGCUAGAGUUAGAGCAAUGUUUUCAAGCAGCUCAAGGGUUAGGAGAUCCUAACAUAGAAGUCGGUAAUGAAUAUAAUAUGCCUCCUUUACAAGCUAAUCAUGCCCAGCAAGAACCCUCCAUGCCGAUGGGGUACCAUCAGUUUAUUCCCCAAAGGGUUACCGAAGAUUGGGCGGAUGGAGGUGCAAAUAAGUGUACUGCAGUAUGGCUUUGAUCCUUUCAACCUCAGCUGCUACGUGCAAGACAUUCUUCAUUAUAUAUGAUUCUUAUCUUAACUUCCAAUAAUACAAUCUCCUACAUAGUGAUGAUUUGAGUGCUAGAAAAGCUUCAUUAUCAUCAGCGAAAAUGAAUGAAAUUAGAUAGACCAGUAUAUUUAUAUCCUUGAAGAAUACUUAAACCUAAUUAAUAACUAUGGAAUUGGGAUCAAAUUGCUGUACAUUUGAGGAUCUGCCCUUCAAAUUGGGAUCAACCUACUUCUUCCAUGCUACCCUUUGGGCUGAUAAAGUAAGUUCCUUUCUAGCUAGUAUCCUUCGUAAUUGCUUUUGCUUGUGUUUGGCUUUCUGGAUGCAUGUGUCACGGGUCGA